GUUUAAAUUGUUGUCCCAGGAGGAGGGAGAAUACUUUAAUGUUCCUGUCCAACCAGACGGAGAAGACGGCAACGAGGAACUACGACAAAAGUUUGAGAGGGCUAAGAUUGGUCCCGGUAAGAACACAGACGGCUCCUCCUCUAACUCCACCUCUAAGUACGAUAGCAACGGUAACCAGGACCGCGUCAAACUGACAGACUUCAACUUCAUUAUGGUGUUGGGCAAGGGCAGCUAGGUGG